AAUCUGUUAACAGCAACCGACAGGUGGGAUCGAAUGAUCGCCGGUAAGGGGAAAGCAACCGGGUGUCAUAAAUGCGACGUAAAUGUGCGGUGAACCGAUGAUUAACACGAUGCCAAGGUGCGCAUUCAUCCAUUCCAUCCGCGUUGAGCAAACGAGGACGUGCAGGGGGGAUUGAGAGGAAGGGGGAGAACAGCGAGAAAACAACAUAUGGACGCGUUUGUGUGAGGUAAAUGAAAGUUUCCAGGGGAUCAAGUAUUCACGGGCGAAAAACUCGGGACAACUCGUCGUGUCAAACGGGAUAUUCCUGAUUUUAUCUCUGUGUGCGGUACGCGUUUGAGAGACGACCCACGGUGCGUUCUGAGUAUAGGUUAGAGUUGUACAGAGUUUAAGAUCUAAUUGUGUUUAUUAUAAUUAUCGAUGUAUUAACGAUGCAGCGAGUGUGUCACAAUGAGAGCUGUGACCGUUUGAGCCUGUACCAAAUUACGCUCAAAAUCGUUAAUUUAUUAAUAAUAUAAAGUGUUUUUCAAGAGACACAGUUGACACAUUUGUAAUACAGUGAAUUAUUUCAUUUCUAACAACUGUGCAAGAGGUUUAGUUUUAAGGUGUGAAGACAAAUCUUGAAUUACAUUGUGUUAUCUGUGUUCCUUGCUGGACAACAUCCACAGUUACAUGACAGGAAGAACUGUAGCUUAGAACUAUAGUUAAACAUUCAAACUUGUGUCAGUUUACAUUUAAUUAUCAUUAUAAUAAUUGAUACAACUGACUAAUGUUGCAACUGUGUUACAGUAAAAACUGUAACUGUUUAACAUUUGGACCUGUAGUUGGAUCUCUUUUAAAUUACAUAAUAGUAAGAAUUUGUGAGAGCGUUAUUGUUCAAUAACUGCUACUUGUUAUUACGUUGAAAGUAUGCCAAUAUGUUGACGGAACAGAAUGCAAUUAUGGAGCUGACCGAUUCCAGUGACACAGUGCCAAUUGGUUUUAUCACUACGGAGGAUGGUCAAACGUUGUUUGCAGUGGGUGAACAUGAAGAUGGCACACUGGAAUUCAUGCCAACAUCAGUCACAUUAAUGCCACAGAACAUGAUGUCUUCGGCGCUGAUAAAGACUGUGGAUGGAAGUUUUAUUUUACAUCCGCCCAUUUUUCAAUUAAAUGUGGAGGGUCUGCCAGGAACUGUGAUGCAACAAACAAACAUACUGCCAUUGAAUAUACAGCAUUUUGAGAAUGGAUCUGUAGCCGAACAGUUGAAAGUACAUAGUGAAAGUACAAAUGAAUGUGUAGUUACAGAAUCUUUGUUAUCCAUUAGAGACAGUAACAAUGCAUUAUCAGACAAAGGGCAAUCAAUAGUUAACGAUCAUGCUGAAAGUAAAUCUACGUCUGUGUCUACGAUACAAAAUGUCUACAAAAGAUCUCCAGGAAGACCCAAAAAGACUGGAGUAACUUUGCAAAAUACGCAAUCUUUGAAGUGUGACAUAUGCAGGCAGGAAUUCACUAAACAGACAUUGUAUCGUAAACAUAUGGAAAACCAUGCCGAAGAGAAACCGCAUAAAUGCCCCAAAUGCCCCGCAUCAUUUAAUAUUCCAACAAAUUUCACGCUUCAUAUGGCAACGCAUAAUACCGGUGACCCAAAAUGUCCUGAAUGUGGUAGGAAAUAUGCUAGAAUGGCGAGUCUCAAAUCUCACAUGUUAUUGCAUGAAAAGGAGGAGAACCUCUUCUGCACGGAAUGCGAAGACGGCUUUUCGACGAAGGCCCAAUUGGACGCGCAUUUAAAGCUUCAUGGAGAAAAGUGGGCGAGCGAGGAUGUGCGACAGUGCAAAUUAUGCAAGAAACAAUUCACGCAACCCGCACUCUACCGAAUGCACAUUCGCGAGCAUUAUAGGCAACAGACGAAAAUAGUGAAACAAACUAAGAGGGGAACGAAACAUAAAACAAUGUACAAAUGCGCCAUAUGUUUGAAAAUUUUUCAAAAACCGAGCCAGUUGAUGCGACACAUUAGAGUACACACUGGAGAAAAGCCCUUUAAGUGUAUUACCUGCAAUAGAGCGUUUACGCAGAAAAGUUCGCUAAAAAUCCAUACGAGGCAACACAAGGGCAUUCGGCCACAUACCUGUAAUUUCUGUAACGCCACGUUCAGUCAAAAAGGAAAUCUAAAGGCGCAUAUACUUAGAGUGCACAAUGCACCAGAAGGUGAGCCCACGUAUGCGUGUUCUUAUUGUUCUUGUAGCUUUAAGAAGCUGGGCAGUUUAAACGGGCACAUAAAGCGAAUGCAUUCUGUUUCUUCGGAGGAAUCCGCCUUCAAGUCUGCAGAAGCUAAUCUCGAUAUCUCGUCAGAAGCUGACAUGCGCGCAACCGUUGACAGUGUUAUAUCGCAAUUGGCAUCUUUGGAAUCCGUCGUGAACAGUACCGCAAGUUCCACAAAAACCACGACCCUGAGUACAGAACAGAAUGACAUUUUGCAACAAGCGUUAAAAAACAGCGGCUUGCCGAACAAAAAUGAAGUCCCUUCGAAAGAAAUCUCAGAAUCAAAGAAGACGGAUUCACCAACGUCGUAUGUCACGCUGUUGGAUAGAACUGCUGGCGGUACUUCAAGGAAGUAUCUUACUAUAAAACAACGCUGCAUAGAAAACGUACGAUGGUACGCAUGUUCCUUUUGCCCGAAAGAAUUCAAAAAGCCGUCGGAUUUGAUACGUCAUUUGCGCGUACAUACUCAAGAGAAACCCUUCAAGUGUAUGUAUUGCGUGCGUUCUUUUGCAUUAAAAUCGACAAUGAUAGCGCAUGAGCGUACUCAUACCGGAAUAAAGAAGUACGCCUGCGGUUCGUGCGACAAAACCUUUGCGUGUCAUAGCAGUCUUACCGCUCACACAAGAUUACAUACAAAACCGCACAAAUGCAAUAUAUGCGACAAGUCAUUUAGCGCGAGCACCAUCCUAAAAAAUCACAUGAAAAGUCAUAUGCGGGAGAAGCCUAAAAUAUCGCCGGAGGCAGAGAGUUUGGUGCCGCAAGUGGUGCUACAAGAGCCACUCGUUAUUAGUGAUGUUGGUAAUCAAAUCAGCGUGGCACAGGUACAGUCGAAACAGAAACAACUGUACGAAAACGUCAAUGGCGUGGCCAGACCGCACAAGUGUUCAGUUUGUAACGCGGCAUUCAGGAAAGUUAGCCACUUGAAGCAACAUUAUCGCAGGCACACAGGAGAGCGUCCUUAUAAAUGUUCCAAGUGUGACAGGAGAUUUACAUCAAACAGUGUCCUAAAAUCUCAUCUGCACACGCACGAUGACGCGAGACCAUAUAGUUGUUCGGUAUGCGAUACGAAGUUCUCCACGCAAAGUAGCAUGAAGAGGCACUUGGUCACGCAUAGCAAUAAAAGGCCGUACAUGUGUCCAUACUGUCAAAAAACAUUUAAGACAUACGUCAAUUGUCGGAAACACAUGAAAAGGCACAAGCACGAGUUGGCGCAACGGCAAUUGGAGGAACAAAAGACGCAGAAUUCGAAAAAACCACAGCCUUUGAGCGAAAAUAAAGAGAUUACCUCGACAUUACCGAAGAAUUUUACUCUCUCCGAGAAUAUGGUGUCAUUCCAACCACAAAUGGCGCCAGAUCUUACGCAGGAUUUCUCUGGUCAGUUUCAAAAUAUUUGUGCGGAGAAAGAGAAAUCCUUCUUACUAUCAGAAAACGGAACGUCUUCGAUAGUGAAUCUUUCAGAAAACUUAUCUGUCGAUGCAGCUAGUUUAGGGACAUCGCAGACUCUACAAGCCGAUGAACCCAGUACUGUCACAUUAUCUCAUUAUACAGGGGACCAAACUCUUACGCCGGAAAGCAUACGAGAGAUAGAGGAGCUCUUUAAUAUCGGCGUAAAUCUCGGACUGGGAGCGAAUCUACCAAGGCAAAUAGAUGAGACGAAUGCGAGUUGUCUCGAUAAUUCCAGGGAACAACCGAUGCUUAAUAUUAUAUAUGAGCAUAACAAGACUCUAGACUCGUCAGGCAAUACCAUAUUCAUGUCGCAAUUUGAUUCAUUUGAUAUGAACCAGAUUUCAUUGCAGACGGAUAACGAUUUAGACCUUAACUUAAAUCCGAACAAUACUACGAACAUGCCCAGUAUUUUGCCCAGAUCUGUGGAAAGCAAUCGACAAGGGGAACAACACGCUGCUUCGGUUACUACCAAUAAUAUAGACGCUUCUCAAAUUACGAAAAAUACUCAUCUGGUGGUGAUAAGUCCUAAGGACAAUUAUUCGGAAUUAAAGUUUUCGCAAGUAUGCCCAUCGAAGUACUCGAAAGUCAUCGCGAAGGCGAAUACCACAAAUGAAUCGGAGAUACAAGGCGUGAGCGAGCACGAAAAGGCAUCGCAGAAAAGUAACACUGCGACGUGUGAGAACGAAAGAAAUCCUUUGUUCGUGGAGAAUUUUCAAACUACUAUGCAGUCGGAGACGCUUGUUUCUUCUGAUAUAGACAGUUCGGCGAAAAUAUCGGAAUGCAAUACUCCGCUGCAGUGUCACAUGUGCGGUGACCAAGGUUUUACAACAGAAAGAUUGAAGGAACACUUAAAAUCCCAUCGCGGUGCCAAAGGAUUUGAGUGUUUGGAGUGUUUGCAGCGAUUCUGCACGAACGGCGGUCUCAGCAGGCAUAUGAAAAUGCACACGAAUAAACAGCGAUGGAAAUGCACGACUUGUCAAAAAAUAUUGGGUAGCAAACUACAAUUAAAAGUUCACAGCAAAAUGCAUUCGGAGAAUUGGAAUGUUUCGUCCAUAGAGCCGGACAGCUCUCAGAAAGAAAGUUCUCCUAUUUCUUCGAACUCCGGUGUACCGAUGUUAGAUAUUCAGGUAGAUCCGAAUCCGUCAGUUUCCGAGAAAGUUUUGAUGGCUGCGGUCGCCGAAAGGAAAAGCAUGGACCACGCUGAUGAUAACGUGAAGAAAGAGACGAGGGAGUACACUAAUAAGUGCAAGUACUGUCCGAAAACUUUCCGCAAACCGAGUGAUCUCAUCAGGCACAUUCGCACGCAUACAGGUGAACGGCCAUACAAGUGCGACCACUGCAGCAAGAGUUUUGCAGUCAAAUGUACUUUAGACUCUCAUAUGAAGGUUCACACAGGCAAGAAGACAUUCUGCUGUCAUGUUUGUAGCAGCAUGUUUGCCACGAAAGGAAGUUUGAAAGUCCACAUGCGAUUACAUACGGGUUCGAAGCCAUUUAAAUGUCCCAUGUGCGAUCUGCGAUUCCGCACUUCGGGUCACAGAAAAGUGCACAUGUUAAAGCAUGCGAGAGAACAUAAGGGUGGGAUGAAACGCAAGCCGAAAUACUCGAAAAUCGCUGCAGUGGCGGAAGCAGCAGCCAAUCUCGAAAAAAUCUGCAAUAAUUCUCUAGAUAAUGCAUCGACGAUGACAACUACGACGACGACGACAACGACGAUUAAUACUACUACUACUGCUACUACUGCUACUACUAUUACUACUACUGCUGCUACUGCUGCUGCUGGCGUUGCUACUACCAUGACUAAAAAUGAAGUCGCGCCGUCGCAGAAUCUGAAUUAUCCCGCAUUAGAACAGACAGUGAAUCUCGAUACUACGGUUCAACUGCCGAAUCAAAUUACGUUUAAUCCUACCGACGCGACAACGACGAUUCUAAACAACAAUUCGAUAUUGUCCGUGAACGAGAACAACGAACUGGUGGCGAAUCUACAGUUCCUGCUGGCGAACGGUCUUGUCACCAUUCAAACGGACGACACCCUGUUGACGCAACCAGCAGCGACAAAUGAUUCCACCGAUGCCACCGGCGCUGAAAUGCCAACUAACGUAAUUGAGUUAGUUAACUCAGAUCCUUUUCAGGAGGCUUGCAAUCUUGGUAACGCCAAUCAUGUGGUGAUAACCAGUCAGAUGCCGACGGAAGCAGUGACCACCGCGGACAUGAGCAAUGCGACAGUAAUUCAGAUGAAUGAUUGUAUGCCCGCUGUGUCCAUGGUACAAAUGCAGUCUCAAAAUACUACAAGCAACAUCGGCGUAUCUGAAACAAAAACAAAUGAUCAAACGACGAUGACAACGACGACGACGACGAUAUCAACAGCGAUGUCGAAAGCUUCGACGCAGCCUCCAAGAAAGGAGUGUGAUGUGUGCGGCAAAAUAUUCCUAAAACCAUGCCAGCUAAAACGGCAUAGGCGCAUUCAUACAGGAGAACGGCCGUACAAAUGUGAGCAGUGCGGCAAGUCGUUCGCGCAAAGGUUUACGCUGCAUCUGCAUCAAAAGCAUCACACCGGCGACCGACCCUAUUCCUGUCCGCACUGCAAGCAUUUGUUCACACAGAAGUGCAACCUACAGACGCAUCUGAAGCGCGUCCACCAAUUGGUCAUGCUCGACGUUAAGAAGCUAAAGACCAGUCAGCAAAUGCUGGGCGCACUUCUGCAGGACAAUCAAGGCAGUGAUACCAAGUUACUGAACCUGGAUGACAUAUUGCUGGUAGAUUUCAAGUGAAGAUCUUUUAAAAGGUUCGAAGAGAAGAUCACCUGUGAUUCGAGCAAAUUGCUCAUAGGUGUACAGUAUAAUUAAAAAUGUGCCGCAAACGAAUUACUACGCUUUCAAGUGGCUAACAGAUGUAAAGAAAACGAUUUUGAACGUUAAGCAAAUGAUCAAAGCUGUGAUGUAUGUUUUAGUAUCGCUAAUGCUGUAUACAAUACUAGAGACGUAAUUUAAUAUCGUUCGUUUAAUCGAUUAUCGUUAUAUUUUGUAUCACUGAGCUACACAUAUCGUGAGAUUGUUGCAUAUGAAUUUUUUUAACAUAAACAAAGAAUUCUUA